AUGUCUCAAGUCAAAGACAUCUUUCUAUCCGCCUUGAGUGAGCGGGGCGCACUGCUGGUCAUUAUUGCAGUUAUCUUCUCUGCCACAUACAUUUACCCUCGCUUGCGUAUACGAAAAAAAAUCAGCCAAAUCCCUCUCAUGGGAGAGGAAAUUGGAGGUUACUACAAACGGCGAAACGAGUUCUUGAGGGACCCUAUGAGAUUCUACUGGGAUGGAUAUCAAAAAUGCAAGAACAAAGCUUUUCGAGUCACACACUAUGAAGGUGAACGAAUUGUUUUGCCAGGAAAUGCACUGGAUGAGCUCUGGAAUAUGUCUGAGGCUGUCCUCAAUAAAAAUAAAGCAUAUGAUCAAAGGGUACUCAGACAGUACACAGGUCUGCCUUCCGGCAACCCCUUCCUGGUGCACUGCAUCCGCUCAGACCUAACUAGAAACCUAAAACGCAUCAACCAGCAUCUUGUCUCUGAAGUUGAAAGAACAGUUGAUGAGAUCAUCGGAACCUGCAAUGACUGGACUUCACAUCCAAUUUAUCGGACAUCUCUUCGCAUCGUUGCUAUCGUCUCUGGAUCUGUUUAUGUUGGCCCAGAAGUGUGCCGUGACGAACAGUUCAUCCAUGAUAGCAUACAUUUCACUGAAAAUGUUUUGGCUUCUGUGCACAUGCUUCAGAUGUACCCAGGAUGGAUGCGUCCGGUGGCUCGCUUCUUUAAACGCGAACGUACUCAGCUCGCCAAAUCAUGGAACCAUUUGAAAGCUUCCAAAAGACUUGUUGUGCCAAUUAUUGAGCAACGACGUAAAGAGGUUGAAGCUGGCCAUGCCUCAUACGACGACAUGCUAGCCUGGAUGAUGGCGAAACAGGACGCAUGGAAACAAACAGAUGACGAUUUGGCUGGCUCAAUGGUACAACUUGGUGUCGCUUCAACUCACAACACAUCUUCUACGAUUGCUCAAACUCUAUACCAAUUGGCCAUUCGCCCAGAACUGGUGAAAGAGCUGCGAGAGGAGGCCCGCAGCGUCUGCGAGCAAUUUGACGGAAAAUUAAGUCCGAGCGCAUUGCACGAACUAAAGCUGCUCGACAGCGUCAUGAAAGAAGCACAGAGGCUGAACCCCACGACGCCUUCACACUUUCACCGUUAUGUCGAGAAAGACAUUACUUUGAAGGAUGGAACAUUUAUCCCCGAGGGUAUCACUGUUGAAGCGAUAUUCGCGCCCCCUCUCUUCGAUCCGGUCCUUUUCCCCGACCCGCAAAAAUUUGAUCCAUAUCGAUUUCUCAAGCUUCGCAGCGGAGAGACCCCAGACCCCAACCAUUACAAGAACAAGGAGCAAUACACUUUCAGCCAUGCGACGAAGGAGAACCUGGCUUGGGGUUAUGGCUCCCACGUGUGCCCUGGCCGCUACUUUGCUAACAACGAGAUCAAACUGAUCCUUGCUCGCAUGCUCUUGCGUUAUGAUAUCCGGAUGCCGGGUGGAGUGAAUGAGGUGAUGAAGCCCCAGAGAGCUGGAAUGGGCUGGACACCUGACUUGAGAAAGCCAAUUGAAUUCAGGGCUAUAGGCCGGGAAUAG